AUGUCCCUUCGCUCGCAGCCGCUCUCCCCUCCUAGGCCCGCUCUCCCACAGGAAACUGCGACCGCGGAGCACAACCUCUACCGCAAAGAAGCCGAGGCCCAGCAACUUAAACUUGACAAAUUCAAGGCCGACGAGAAUUCGGAAGCUUGGGACAUAAAUAAUGGAACCAGGAUGAUGGAGGAAGCAAAUAGGAUGAUUGCUGACUCGACCACCCGUCUUGGGAAGGCUGUUGCAGACCUGAGAGAGCUUGUGAUUGCGGCGAAGAAAAUCCCUGAAUUAGCAGAAGCAGAAGAACUAUUGAAAGCAGAAGAGACUCUUGAGUCAGCUAGCAUUUAA